UAAGGUCAGGGCUGGCAGAGUAGGUCGUCGUCGCAACUUGAAUAAUAACUGACUGCCGAACCAAAACACAUACAUACUCAUCCUUGCCGGCAGACAAACGGUCGCUCCUGACUUCCUGGCACACAAGAAAAAAAAACAAAAAGAAAAAACCGAAUUCUAAAUUCAAAGUGUUUGCCGCCAGAAUUUGACAGCUCAAGCUAAGCAAAGGCAAUAGUGUUCGUCCUAGGUUUUGCACGUUAGAAACUUUAAGAGCUUGGAACUUUGUGGAGACUCUCUAAGUUCUCUUUAAGUAGAGGACUGUAGAGCAAACUAUAAAACUUACCCAAGUAAAAAAGUGGUGAUCAGUGCAAAAAUGAAUAAGAAAUUGGCGGUUGUGUUGUACCUGUGCGUUGCAUCAGUGUGCAGCGCACCUAUGCAGCUGCCGUACCUUCCGAUGCAAUAUGGGAUGCAACCGCAGCUUCCAUUCCUGAGGCAGAUUAUGCCGAAUAUGCAGGCGCCGAACGUGUACCCCCAGCAGCAGCCACUGGUCAUAGUUCUACCCAACCCAGCCGCUGCACCAAACCCAGAAACCGAUGACAGAUACGUAAACCUCAACGAACAAGUCACUAACAAUCUAAAAUCUAACACUGGACACAUAGACGAGAACAAAGAUGCUGUAGUUGUAGACGCUAAUCCAAAAAACCCAGAAACGCAGCCUAAAAACGCUAUAGUAUACCUACCAGAAGAAGGCAGAUUUUCACUAGGCCAGAUUAUAUCAUACAUUCCUUUCUUGCCAAUAGAAAUAAAUGUACCAGACACAAUAUCUUGGAUCGGACAUCUGAUAUCCGGAGGAUUGUUUAGACCUCAGGGUGGGAUGAAGACACUUGGGAAUAAAGGUCAGAUGCCAAUUAUAGUGAUGCCGUACCCUGCACCUGUACCUCAGAUGCCUUACCAAGGACAAAUGCCGGCGAUGAACCAAUAAGCUAUGGAAAUCUAAAAUGUGAAAGACUGAUAGUGAAUUGUUUAGAAGUGUUGGUGGCUAAACAGCUACUGUAUUGUAGAUAGUGGUGAAGCCCGAUGAGGGUGUUUUAGUGCUAUCAAAUGGUGUGGAGAAUCUUUAAUAUAUUGAAUAGUUCAAUAUUUUUGUGUUUCUGUAAGUUAUUUCUCAUUUAGAGACAGCAAAUCCUAAGCAUGAUUGACUACCUGAUUAUACUUUUGAAAUACAUCGAAAAUUAGUAGGCAAAUCUCUCUUUUGAUGGCUAAGCAGAUAUUUUAUUGCUUAAACGUGACCUUAUAUAUGGGAUUACAGAAAAUAAGUGAAAGAAAGUUUUAUGCAAAAUGCUUUAUUAUUAUAAAAUAAUAAUAAUAAUUAAGUCACAGAUAGCUGUCAUAAACUGAAGCCUUAAAAUAACAUACAUACUAUACAUUAUAUCUAAGACGUUAUGGUAACAAAACUUAACUUUUAGCAAGGCUGAGUUCAAGAGUCUAACCAUGGAAACAGAAAGAAAAAGAACAGUGCUAUUGCAAAAUUUUAAAUACUUAAAACAUUGGUUACACUAUCAAACUCUAACCAGGCCAGAAAUGACAAUCAAUUCAAAGUAGCAUACAGAAUUAUAAAUAGUCCAAAAUAUCAGAAAAAAAUAAAACAAAAGGAUACCAAUAAAAAAAAAAACAUAAAACAUAAUUCCGCUUUCAAUGAUGCUACUUCAAAUCAAAA